GAGAGGGAGAUGGGGUACCGUACCCACAGAAGUUAUCCAUGCGCGCAAUCGUUUGAUUAGUCUAUUAUGUCUAUUCAAUUUUGCUAGCAAGAACCAAAAUGAGUUUAAGAACAGAAUGAUUAAAUAUGUUGUAUUUGUCGAUGCAUACUUAUUUAAUGAUGGGAUCCAUCAGCCAGUUCCAUACAAUGGUCAAGGCUGUUUUCUUUCUAGUGUCAAAAUGCGUAAGGAUAAAUCAGAGAAUAAAGAAUUAGACUGUAUUUGGACAUGGGUGAACAGCCAAGAUGAGUGGAGAAAAUUUUUUGCAAAAAGAAGCCAAACAAAUGAUGAAAGUUAUAACAAAGAAAGUCCAUCUGAUGAUUGGCUGAUAGCUGAAAGUCUUCACCAUUUAGCAGAUCAACUACCUCAAGCUGGUUACCUUUUACAAAUUGUCUGGCUGCUGCAUGAGGAUGAGCACCUCCCACUGCAUUCUAACCUGCUAAUGUUUGGCGCCCUCAAGAGGCUACAGUGCUGGCAUAAUGCAGAAAUUGCUUGCUUUUUAUUAAAUAAUGAUUCAGAGGCGCCCAUCCAAUCGUGGAUUGAUCAUCUUGAUAUUGAAGUGUCCACCGACCUGGUUGAUAUUUUGCAGAGACGAACAGUAUGGCGUGGAGAGUUGUCUAUGACAGAUAAGAAGAACCUUAUGAACUGUGUGCUACCAGGUUUCUCGUUGGUUGACCUUGGAAAAACACAAGAUGAAUGUGUAGAAGUAAAGACAUCUAAUAUCAAGGAAGAGUGGAUCACACAUAGAAGUCCGCAAAUGACAGUUGUUCAAGUUGUAAAGAAAAAUGAUAUUCCAUUUCUUUACAUCACACCUGAAUGCUACAAGCUCUGUGUCAUGCCAAAUAGUUCUGGGGUUAAAGUGUCCAGCCAUUUUUUGAAGUCUGUAAUCGAAAGUGAUGAUGGAAUUAGUAUAAUAGUGAGUUUGGAUUGCCAGAGACUAUCACAGUCAAUGCUAGCACCACCCCAGUGCCUCUCCACUACAAAAUGGAAACGCCAGAUUUCUGCUAAUCCCAUGGAUUUUACAGUUCCUAAUGUUGAAUUGAAAGGUUCAUGGUUUAGUGUCAACUUUCUACUGUGUAAAGAUAAUGCCACCGGGUGCAGUGCAUUUGUUUUGUUGUCUCCAACUGAUUUGAAUGGACAUGUUAUGAUUGGUCUUGCUGAAAUAGAUAAUCUAGCAAAUAAGGAUGAACGCAAGGAUAAACAGACAGAUAAAAAGAUUCCAGGACUUGAUGCUGAAAAAGCUGAAAAGUGUGAGGAUGCAAUUUCUGAAAUCCAACUUAAGUUUUUUGAACACUGGACAGAAUUGCAUCUGAGUCCAACUUGCUGGGUGGAGCGACAGGCUCUGCAGAGCAAGGAGUCCUAUAUUCGUAAAUUAAAGAGGUUCAAAUCAUCUGAUCGGUCACUCGGUGGAAUUUCAGCACCACCAGUCGACAGCAAAAUCACACUUGAUGCCAAGGAAUUUAUUAAACACUUCCGCAGUGAUGGCUUGCCCUUGGCUGAGGAACUCUCUCCUAUUGCUGUCAUCAGCAGUUCGGGUGUGUGUACCUCUAGGCCAGGAUUGGAAAGGAUUGAGGACGUUGCCAAUGCAUCAUUCAAUGAGGCUUUAAAGUAUAAUUUUCAUGGAAUUAACUACUGUCUAGAUUCAAGGAAUGCAGAAUAUUAUGAUGAAAAAUAUCAAAAGCUUGAGUCAAGAAUUAUUCGCAAUGAAACAGUAUCCACAUGUACAAUUGAACAGGUAGACUCCCCAGCAACUAUGGCCAUCAACCCUACAAGGUCAUCACCAAGGAAACGUCGUGUGAGAACGCCUAGGUCAAAGGGUAAACUUCAUUCAAGAAAAACGAUUCAGUCACCAAGGCUUGCAAAGCAAAGUUCUAGCACCAAAUAUGAGAUAAGUAGUAAAAGGGGUUCAAGGUGGCAAAGUCCAAGGAACUCAAAAGCAACUAAGAAGUCAUCGUCCACUAGAAUAACAUGUGUUACAAAUUCAGAGGAAGUAAUCCCACCUUCAGAGCUAAGGACUACAACAGUAACUAAAAAGAUUCAACCAUUUGAAAAAAAACAUCCAGGAAAGCAAGUAGAGUCAAGAUCAGAGAGACAUAAAAGGAAAUUGAAAUAUAUUGUUGAUCAAACAUUAAAGGCAAAAGGAAUUGGUAGAGAUAACCCAUGCUAUCCAGGAAGCUCUCAGCGACUCUAUUCAUUGACAAAAAGCUUUGUACAGGACUUGAAAUCUUCCAAAGGAUUAGACCAACAGAUGAGAAAUAUAGCUGAAAGCAAUGUCGAUCAAGUUCUGAGUUUUGAAAAGUCAAGAGUGUAGAUAACAACAUGACAACAUACAGAGCUGCAAAUAUCGAUUCUAUGGAAUCACAAUUAGCUUGUUGAAUCAAUCCAACAAAUGAACUUAUUGCCAAUUCACACAGAUGAAAUGUAACAAGUUGUGGUAAAAGUGGUAAAAAUUCUACUCUCCAAGAUAUUACUGCCAAGAAAAUCAUCUCCACAUCCAACCAUGCAAUAUUCAUGUAAGAUUAAGAUUAUCCUCACCACGAGUCGAUCCCAGCUUACUACUGUAAGGUGGAAUAAAUUACAAUUACUACUUCAAGAUGGUAUAUUCACUGCCUUCAUGGGUAUUUGAUUUUGUAUGGUCAUGAGGCAAAUUUGAAUAAAGCACUGAUUCAAUAUCCAAGAUCAAGUGCACCUUGUAAUAUCAUGCAAUCUUCUCAGAGGCUGGUAAAGAUUACAAGAUUUUACAAGUGACCCUUGUGAAUUCUAGGGAACACUACCAAGAUUGGUACAUUAAAUUUAUUUCACACACAUAGAUCAUUUUUGUACAAAUUGUUACAUUUGAUGAAAUGUUGUAAACUUUUUGAUUUUUUAAAUAUGUGUCAACAUGAGUAAGUCAAUGAAAUAUAUUUUUAUCCCAUGUAUAAUAUGCCAUCAUUAAUUGCCUUAUUUGGAUAUGUGGUUUGUUUGAUUUCUCUUUAAUCAAGUAAGGAGCAUGUUUUGCCUGAAAAUCUAAAUUCGGAGAACAGAUACGCCAUGUUUGGCUGUACAGUAUGUUUUUGUUGCAAUUGUGGGAAUAACAGCUGCUAGGGAGCAGGUACAUAGGUUUUAAUUGCACCAUUUUCCAUGAUCAUGUUGAUAACUAAAAAGUCUACACUGCUUGUGGAUUUGGUAGCGAAGAAUUUAAUUAAAUGUUCAAUAUAAAUGUGU